AUGGCUAGUCAGAGUACUAAUGAGAUGGGCAAAGCCAGCCCGGCCCCACCAGAGGAUGGGCAGGUGGGUCCCGGGAAGGCUUUGGAGACCUUGGUCUCCCAUGGGGACAGAGCCGGAAGCCACGAUCCAAGCCCCCAAGACAACCCGCAACCACCAGACCAAGGCGCCACCAACGUGGAAGGAAACGUUCUUCUGGGACUGUCCUUCCCAAGAAAGCUUUGGAGAAUAGUGGAGGAGGAUUGCUUCACGUCGGUGCGCUGGAAUGAUGACGGAGACACCGUGAUCAUCCAGAAAGACCUCUUUCAGAGGGAAGUUCUGUGCCGAAGGGGCAACGAGAAAAUCUUUGAAUCAGACAGCCUGAAAAGCUUCACCCGCCUACUGAACCUACAUGGAUUCAGCAAAGUGCGCCCAGGCGACUCUUCAGUUUCCUAUCCGGGAAAUAACGUGAUGAUCUACAGAAACGGGAACUUCCAGAGGGACCGGCCUUGGCUGGUCCAGAACAUCAAUACACAAGGAACCCAGAUGACUCGCAGCUGGCCUGGGAGCGGUGCAACACCUCCAAAGAGACCCAAGAGGCAGACCCCGACAAGGUACUCCCUGAGGCUUCAGCAGAAAAGGGGUACCAAAGAAGCCGAGGAAAAGGCCCAGAGGAAACCCCCAAAUUCUUGGGAACCCAGUGCUACCCAGUUAUCCGAGCACUUGCAUCUGCAGCCCACCAGCAGUGCCAUGGCUAUAGAAUGUCCAAGUGAGGCAGGUGGCCCAAGUGGGGAGGGUACAUCUGGGCAUGACAUGCUUGUGCCCACGGCUACUGCCGGAACCGACGGCAUGGAGGCUCUGCCCCCCAGGUCCCCAAUUUACCCACGACGUGGUCCGGUGACGUCUUUGUACGACAUCUGCUAUUCCACCCUCAUAGCCAGCUUGUCACUGGUGUCUCUACCCCCGUUACCUGAGGAAGAGCAGGAAGUCUCCAUACAUUGCUAUUGCUCACUCUGUGAGCAGUUUAAGGACAAUGCAGGUCCCUAG